AUGGCGAACUGCAACCCCCACCUCCCCAAUGCCACGAGGGGGAAACCAGUCGCGGGCUACACGGCAGGGCGACUGCAAGCCACCGUCUCUUAAUAUUUAUCCUCCUGCAAUGCGCAGAGAAUGGACAGCAUCUCCCUUCCCUCUUCAAGCAAGAAGCGCCUGCUCCCUUUUCCAUUUCCACAGAGGUUGGAUGGCCACCUGUCCUGUUUGACCGAGUUCCCUGCAUUAAAAGGGGGUUGGACUGGAUGACCCUCAGGGACCCCUUCCAACCUCUCCCAUUCUACAUAGCUGUCAACUCUUCCCUUUUUUUAAGGGAAAUUCCCUUAUUCCGAAUAGGAUUCCUCGCAAGAAAGGGGUAAAGUUGGCAGCUAUGCAUUCUAGCAUUCUAUGCCUAUUGCUCUUAGCCCACCUCCCUCGCCAAUCCCGCCUUCUCUUUCAGAUAAGUCACGUGCCUUCUCCUCUCCACCAAUCAGCGACGCAGCCAGAACCGGCGCUUGCCUGGAGUGGACGAAUUCUCUCUCUUCCCACCCCACCCCCCGCCGCUCGCGCCGUUCUCAUCCAUUGCGCGCGCCCUGGGCCCUAAGUCUCGCGCGAUCGGCUUUGCCCGCUCGCUAUAUAAACCCGCUGAAGGCGCACUUGCCCCCUUUGCGCCCUUUCCGCUGCUGGGCUGGUUGAUCGGGGUGGUUUGGCGCUGCUGGGCCUACCGAGGUUGGAGGUAAGCAUGGCCGCGUGCGAGGUGGAGCUGGCCUUGAAACUGGACUUUCCCCCGCGGAGCCCCUUAAACAUUGCGCACCACAAGCGUCCCGUGCUUGAGGUGGUCAACACAGGGGGGCAGAGGAUCCCUCUCACUGAAACCCGGGGCAGGGCUGCCGCCCUCUGCUUCCGGAUCCUGUCGUGAGAGACACGUGCUGGAGCUCCUGCUUGGCCCGGGAAGGGCCAUUUCGGUGUGCAACUGUCUGUGGCGCUGGAUUGACGCCCGUGGUUUGGAGGGGUGGGUGGGUGGCAGGCUUCGCAUGAGGAGCUCAUCUACCCAGAAAUAGAUGCCCCGCACCCCCUUAAGUUUCCCAGCUUCAUUCAAGAAAGAGCACUUAAUAAUAAAAAAAGCGUGUCGUUGAACCCAUGCAUUCAGUCACCGGCCUAAAUGGUAAAAUUGUAGAGUUGGAAGGGAUCCCCAAAGCUCAUCUAGUCCAGGCCCCCCCCCCAAUGCAGGAUUUCAUAGCCUGUGAAAUACAGGCGAAAGAGGAUGAAACAUAUUAAAGGGCUAACUAGUAUCCACGUUUGAAUGGCUUGUCUUUCACUGCUCAGCAAGAGUUAAUUUUGCUGUGCAAAUAAGUUAAGAGUUGGGCAUGAAAGCCUGGCAAUGUCCCCUUGUAUUUUAUGCUUGGGCUGCAUAUGUACUGUACUUUAAAAGCACACUCAAGGGGUUUUGAGCGUUGUGGUUUACCCCUUACAGAGUUGUAAUUCCCAGCAGCCCUUAAAAAGCUUCAGUACCCAAAAUUAUUUGAGGGAGGAAAUGUGCUUUAGAUGCACAGUGCACACACAGCCUUAUACCCUGCUUUGCCCCCAAAAACGUUCAGAGUGAAAUAAGAUUGGGAAGGUAUAUAAAAAGGCAGUAUUAAAUUUAGGAAAUGCGUAACUAAAAUUUAAUUACGGAUGAUUGGCAGAUAAGCUGAAGGAAGUCCAUAAUAUAUAAUUUGUGAUAAACUUUUGGUAUGGUUUCAUAUGUAUAAUGUAGAAAACUAAUAAAAACGUUUAUUUUUUAAAAAAACGUUCAGAGUGGCCUUUAUAUACGGCCAGGCCUGCUUACAGCUGCUGGAACUACAUCAGGUACCUUCAGACAAUUUUUCUGGGCAUUGAAAAAGAAACGCUUAUUUUAAAAAAAAAAAUUGGCAAAUUUUGUUGCCAUAAAAAUAUUUUGAGUUCUUUUCCCCCUCACAUAGAAUCAUGUCUUCUCUCUCUUACGUUUUGUUAACCCUAUAAACAUCCAUCACAUUGGACCAAUAGAAAUAAUAAAUAUUCUUCAUUCAUUCCCAACCCUUCACCCUAAUGUUCCAGGGCAGGUUACAGCAUUAAAACAGUUUCCAAUCAUAAAAAAUAGGAUGCGUCCUAAAAAUAUGUUGUAUGAGGAUAUUGGGGAACAAGGAACCAUCUGUGGCAUCUUCCCACAAUGUUCACUCGGCAGUAUGAGUCUCUAGAGUAGAACUUGAGGGUCAGGAUAGUGCUCUGGAACUACAAAAACUGACAGAAAAUGCUGCUUGAAUGCUACAGGAAUUCAAGUUUAAAACACACACCUGCCCAGAACCUUUUGGUUGCUAGCAUCGGGAAGAAAGCAAUAAAUCUCGAUUGAAUUAGUAGUAUUCCCAUUGUGCAUUCCCCCUAAUUUCGUCUACAAGCAGUGACAUGAUGAAAAACCAGUGUUGCACUUCUUCAGAUUAGUGGGCUUUUGAUACAUGUUAUGACAAAAUUUGGUACAGUUGCCUUGACUUUACAAGGUUGAAACAUUUGCUGCUAGCUUUGUAUUCUUCCAAAGCCAUAGUAACAAAAGUAGCCAGUUAACUACUUCUGUUGCAGGUAUGUUCCAGUAAAAGCAAAAGCCUUGAGAUCUUACCCACAAGGCCUUCCAUAAAGUGUUCGGUAACUGAACAAGCAGGAAGCAAUAUUCCUUUAGGUAGAAGGUAAGAAUUAAUGACAAUCCUUUCUUUAGAUCAUUUGAAUCUGUCUCUUGGCCCCAGAGCUUGCAGUGAGCCCCUUACACUAACUUUUCAUUCUAUUUUGCAUCCAUCCCAAGUGCCUUACUUAAAACUCAGUGGCCUUGCCCCAGUCUACUUUUUGCCCUCAUUUUCCAUUACAACACUGCCUGUGAUUCUUUCCCCUCCACUGCUGUCUUACAAAGCUCUCUUCUAAACAAUUCUACCUAUGUUUCCUUGCUAUCCCUGAUGUCUGUAACUUAUCCAAGGAUGCCUGCAUGAUGUUACUUCAAAUCCUUCCUCUGUACCACCCAUUUUUCCAAUAAGUCAUUGGCCCCUAACCCCUUGCUGCGUAUUGCAUAUGCAUGUACGCAUCUCUGGCCUCUCAAAAUACUGCCUACCAGCAACCUGUUUUUUGCACAGUUCUCUUAAGGCUGUCAUGUAAUUUGAUGGUGCUAGAUAAUCAUUGCUUGAGACUACUUGCUUAUGGCCAGUAACUUGUACCAGUGUUGCACAAAAUGCUAAGUGAGAUAAAGUGCAGCAAGGUAAAGGUAAAGGGACCCUUGACCAUUAGGUCCAGUUGUGACCAACUGGGGUUGUGGCGCUCAUCUCGCUUUAUUGGCCAAGGGAGCCAGCGUACAGCUUCCGGGUCAUGUGGCCAGCAUGACUAAGUCGCUUCUGGCAAACCAGAGCAGUGCACAGAAAUGCGGUACCUAUUUGUCUACUUGCACUUUGACAUGCUUUCGAACUGCUAGGUUGGCAGGAGCAGGGACCUAGCAACUGGAGCUCGCCACCUCAUGGGGAUUAGAACCACCAACCUUCUGACUGGCAAGUUCUAGGCUCUGUGGUUUAACCCACAGCACCAUCCGCGUCCCUCCAGAUUUGUGAGUAGGAAGGAUUUAAAGGAAAAGGGCCUAAUACAGCAACUGAUGAAUCUGAAAAGCAUUGUGCUUAAAUGGUUCGGUCUGUUUCUUUAUUUGGCAUGAAUGUUUGCAGAUCAGUGGAUUUAGUAGUUGCCAAGUGAUAAACAUCCAUGUGUGAACUAAGUAUUUGGAGUCAAAGUCUUUGGAGUUGCAGGCACUAGAUUUUCCCCUUUUUAGCUUUGCCCUCUUAAGGCUGGUGGUGCUUUAAGUGGCCAACACAAAGGGGUAGAGUAAUUCUCUCUUAAACCCAGAGGCGAGAACGCAACUUUCCUCUGGAUCCUGUCGGGAGGAACAAACAUAAGAAAAUACUUGUUAAAUGUCUACUGCGAUACAAUGAUCUAUCUUGCUCUAGAAUUGCUGUGACUGAUGUCAGUGGCAUUUUAAACAUCGGCCCAUGGAUUUUGUACUUUCUUGAUAGUUAGGUACAUGUAAAACUUUUUAGGAUGUAAAAGUUAAGAUGGAUAUAUUCUUUUAGCAGAUGCCUGGGCGGUUAUCCAGAGCUUUGAGCAUCCCUGACAACUAGGAAGACCAAGCAUCUGGGUGAGUACUAUGAACAGCUGCAGAUGAAUGGAUUAUAGAUGGUUCUGUAGAAACUGCAGGUGUGGCAAGGGAAGAUUCAUUCCUCUGGCUGACAUUUCAUUACCAAGUAAAGAAGAGGCACAAUGCAGUAGCCUGUAAGAACAAUGAUUUCUGUUUGAGCAGUGGAACUUUCCCCUCCCUGUUCAUGCCCCACACUAGAGAAAUUUUGAAACCAUGUGAGAAAACAAAAAAUAUUGGGUUGGUUUUGUGGUUUGUUUGUUUUUGGGGUGUUUUUUUUUGAAAAAUACAUAGUCCUUCUGCCCACCCCAUCACCCUUUACAAAUCAAAAGUUACUUUGUUACUUGAGAAACAAAAGUUUUAUUUUACAGUGGUACCUCGGGUUACGAACUUAAUUCAUUCCAGAGGUCUGCUCUUAACCUGAGGUACCACUUUAGCUAAUGGGGCCUCCUGCUGCUGCCACGCCACCAGCAAAUGAUUUCUGUUCCCAUCCUGGGACAAAGUUCUUAAGCCAAGGUACUACUUCCAAGUUAGCGGAGUCUGUAACCCAAACAGCCAAGGGACCAUUAUAUAAAUUUGUUUGCCAUAGCAUUACCAUGUUUGGUAUAUUAAAAGUAGUUUAUUCAGACGAUAAUUACAAAUUGAAUUUACUUGUUAUUUUGUUACAAGUAGAACCACAACACAAGCCUUUGAUCAAUUUCAGAUUCUUUCUGUUCCUCUUUACUUUCUCCUACGAGAGGACAGAAAGCGACCCACCAACCUUGCUAACAAAGGGAAGCCCACAAAGAAGGCACUGAAUCUUCCUUUUGUGUUAAUGGCAGUGCCUCCUAGUGGCCAAAAUGCAUCUUGCUCUUGUCUUCAGUGUACAAGAAACGCAAUAAUCAGCGGUUCUCAACCUGUGGCUCGCAACCCCUUUGGGGGUUGAACAACCUUUUCACAGGGGUCGGCAAACUUUUUUUGGGGUGAGCUCCUCCUCCAACAGCCUCUGCCACUCGCAAGGGCAAGCACAGGAGCCGCGUUUAGCAGAGCGGCGGUGGCACAGGCGGCAGCAUGAGCGGCAGCAGCAAACCUCGGCCACACGCAGCCGCCACUCACCCAUUGGCCAAAAUGGAUAACAAUACAAAAAAUAAAGCUGUAAAAUCAAGGCAGGUGUCAACACUGAUGACAUUCACUUAUGCCCAUAAGUAUAGCCAACUGAUGUCUGUUUUAGCCUAACAUUUCCUCCUGUGCUACUUUUUUCUGCUUCCAGAGUUUCUUGCACCCGGGUCCCACGCUUAAAUUCAAACAGCAAUAUGGAAAGAUUCUUUAGUUUGGCAAGUACUAGUAAAAAGCAAGACCUUGUUGAGGAUGACAAAGAAGAAGUUGAUGAAGAAAGGAGCCGCAAAUACAGAAAACAAGAUGAAAGUUAUUUUUAUUUUGGUUUCAUUAGUGUGAACAAUGAAGAGCACCCACAGUGUGUUUUGUGUUUGAAAAUACUCCCUAUUGAAUGCAUGUUGCCUUGCAAAAUGAAACACCACUUAGAAAGUGUUUAUAAGAAUGAUGUGGGUAAACCAAUGGAAUAUUUCUCUAGAAAACUAAGUCAGGUGAAAGAAUCAGUAUUUAAUAAACAGGUUACCAUCCUUGAGUAA